AAACCCUAGAACACACCAUGUCAUCCAACACCCAAGCAGAUUAAGCUAAUUAACUACCAUCAACACACCCUAAUCCAAAGGUGCCAAGCUUGCAGGAAACAGUAAGCUAGCUAGCAGUCUAGCACUGCUUCAUUUGAUCAUGGCCACCAUUACUGCUGCUAGUCCCAGACCCAGUGCUGCUCCUGCAGCCAUGGAAGAGACCAGCAAGGCGAUGCCUACUAGCGAGUGGCCUGCCGCCAGCGGCGGCAAUGCGUCGCCGCCGGCGAGGUCCCGGCCGUCGCUGCUGGUCAUAUUCAGCGCGUGCCUCGUCCUCCUCGGCGCCGGCGGGCCGCUCCUCCUCCGCGUCUACUUCGUGCACGGCGGGACCCGGCUGUGGCUGUCCGCCACGCUCCAGAUCUCCGGCUGGCCGCUGCUGCUGCCGCCGCUGUGCGUGUCGCUCUACCGCGGCCGCAGGCACGGGAUCGGCAACCUCCUCCUCCCGCGGCGCCUCGUCGGCGCCGCCGCCGUGCUCGGCGGGCUGUACGCCGUGUCGUGCUUCGUGUACGCGCUGGGGUCGCAGGCGCUGCCGCUGUCCACGUCGUCGCUGCUGCUGGCGACGCAGCUGGCCUUCACCGCCGUGUUCGCGUUCCUCUUCGUGGGCCUCCGGUUCACGCCGUUCUCGGCCAACGCCGUCGUGCUGCUCACCAUCGGCCCGGCGGUGCUGGGCGUCGGGCCGUCGUCGGGGAAGCCGGCGGGGGAGUCCUCCAGGGCGUACUGGACGGGGUUCUGCGAGGCCAUCGGCGCGGCGGCGCUAGCCGGGCUGGUGAUCCCGCUCGUCGAGGUCGCCACGGCGAGGUACGGGCGCCGCACGGGGCCCGCGGCGAGGGUGCCGCCUCCCUACGCGACGGUGAUGCAGAUGCAGGCGGUGAUGGGCGCGGCGGGCACGGCGGUGUGCGUGCUCGGCAUGGCGAUCAAGGGCGACUUCCAGGCGGUGGCGCGGGAAGCGGCGGCGUUCGGGCUCGGCGCGGCCAACUACUACCUCGUCCUCGCCUGGGACGCCGUGUCGUGGCAGCUGCUCAACCUGGGCAUCAUGGGGCUCAUCACCUGCGCGUCGUCGCUGCUCGCCGGCAUCAUGAUCGCCGUGCUCCUGCCGCUCUCGCAGGUCCUCGCCGUCAUCUUCCUCCACGAGAAGUUCGACGGGACGAAGGGCAUCGCGCUCGUGCUCUCGCUCUGGGGAUUCGCCUCCUACCUCUACGGCGAGAAGGCGCAGAAGAAGAAGGAGGCGCAGAAGAUGCGCGAGCGCGAGCAGGAGGUGGCGCUGGCACAGAAGACCGCAGACGUGGAGUCAGCGGCGCCUUAGUUUACAAUGGGAUUGUACGUGUCUACUUGGGUGGGUCGUAUACAUAUUUACGGGUGUAGUGAACAUGUUUCUCAGUGUAGUUUUACAGUACAGUGGCAUGCAUAAAUUUUGUACGAGAUUGUUUCAAAUUCUGUAUGACAUUGUUUCAUUAUAUGGUACUAGCACGCAGAAAAAGCAAGUGCUAUAGUUGUAUCAACAAAGAGAAUACUAGCAUAUACAUUCACAAGUUCUUCACUUCA